AUGGCAAGUGUUGGGAAGAGCCAGUUGCUGAGUGAUGGACAAGAUUAUCCCUACCAUUCGGACACAAAACCUGAGGUUCGUGAAUCAGCAGGGUUGGCAUUCAGCUCUCUAUACAUGACUGCUGGAAUGCAAGCAAUUGAUGAGAUUGUUCCGACACUUCUGCACGCUCUUGAUGACGAUCAAAUCUCUGAUACUGCUCUGGAUGGUUUGAAACAGAUUUUAAGGUUGAAAACCGUUUGCAGUGUAGAAACAGAUGUGGUCUUGACAACCUAUGGUCUUCUAACUGCUGCAUAUAAGGCUGAUGCGGAGAGGAGCAUAUUCCAUGAAGUUGAUUGGCAUCGAAUUGAACUGGAUGAAGCACUCACCAUAAAAUCCUGGAGAACUGUGAGUGCUAGGGCUGCAUUCACAUUGUCUGCACAUUGCAGGUGGUGUCUCACUGGUAUUCCACUUCAGAAUAAUUUGCAAGAUCUUUACAGCCUUCUGUGUUUCUUGCAUCUUGGAAGAGGGGGGGACAUUCUAAGAACAGAAGGAGGUGGCACUCUCAUUGUUUGUCCUAUGGCAUUACUUGGUCAAUGGAAGGAUGAACUUGAAGCCCAUUCAAAGCCAGAUUGCAUUUCUGUUUUUGUUCAUUAUGGUGGGGAAAGAAGUAAUGACCCUAGAGUGAUAGUAGAAACAGAUGUGGUCUUCACAACCUAUGGUCUUCUAACUGCUGCAUAUAAGGCUGAUGCGGAGAGUAGCAUAUUCCAUGAAGUUGAUUGGCAUCGAAUUGAACUGGAUGAAGCACUCACCAUAAAAUCCUGGAGAACUGUGAGUGCUAGGGCUGCAUUCACAUUGUCUGCGCAUUGCAGGUGGUGUAAGUAA